CAGAAUUUUAUUUAGCUAUUAAGCUGAACAUAAAGUGUGUGUUUACUUCCACUGAAACCAUUCAAUAGUGACAUUUCAAACUCUGCCAAAAUGGUGAAAGGUGGAAAACGCUACCAUGGUAUGGAGAAGGAUGGCCUGUGGUUUGCCCAUCCACACAGUUCAAAGUUAACGUCUCGUGAAGUCUGUACAACUACUGGAGCUAUGCUGAGUGAGGCUAAGACAUUGUUGCCUCAGGAAUGGCAUGUGAAGCGGUAUCCUAAAUGGAAAAUUGACCAGCGAUCCAGGGAGGAUUAUCCAUUAUCACGUCAUGACAAUAAGAACACCUUAAAAAGUAGCAUCUCAAUCUUCUCUAAUGGUGUGGGACGAAGAAAAUAUCCUGAUGAUUAUAUUCAGACCACAACUCACAUCAGUCUGGCCCACGAAUCAGCUAAAGAGCCUGCAUCCAGCUUCUUUACAAGUCAACCAGACUUUACUUCAGUGGAGGUCAUUAGUGUACCGACCAAGAGCAGGAGGUUCCCUCGAAACCACAAACUGAGGUCAGAAGGGGCCUUUGACGAGACAAGGGAGCAGUUACUGUGGUUUGGACAAGACAAAUUCCAUGUCCCAGUUAGUCUGGAUGUGCUGGCAACUGCCAACCGGUCGGCUCCUUCAGGGUCCUCACACAUUUAGGUCACGGACAGAUGUACAGUAAGAACAUUUGGGUGGCUGGAAUAAAAGAUUCAUUGAGUUUUAAUUUGAGGACACACAGACCUUGGCAAUAAGUGUUGGUUCAAUAACAAAACUUCAGAUUGUAAUAAAGAAAAAGAAUAUG